GCGUCGCGUCAUUGUUUUGUUUUGGCACCUCAUCAACUCACCUUAUUGAUAUUUAAAAAAUUAUGGGUUUUCUAUUUAUACUCAGUUGGAUAUCAUUAGCUAUACAGAUCACCUUCAUGACACUCUCUAUAGUCGCCGGACUUUACUAUCUGGCUGAAUUGGCGGAGGAGUACACAACGCCAGCACGACGUUUUAUUCUAUUUAUGAUAAGUUUCACAAUUAUCGUAUAUAUAAUGCUUAUUUUCUUUGAGGACUUUUCGUGGACCAUGAUGUCGUGUGGUCUAGCGGCACAGGCUUUUCAUUUCAGUAUAAUGACUAAUUUCCCAUUCAUCCAAUUGCUUUCGGUGUCUUUUAUUGGCUCGUUGGCGAUGCUGGUGAUUAAUCAUGUGCUCGCAUUUCAGUAUUUUACCAGCGUCUAUGUUCCUUUUACACAGGUACUCGCCUAUUUUACUGUCUGCUUGUGGAUGGUUCCCUUUGCACUCUUCGUCUCACUCAGCGCCAACGACAAUGUGCUGCCCACAACGAUUAGCACCAAUGAGCGACGUUUGGGCAGCAGUAAUCCCGAUGUGGUCAGCAACUACUUUUCGCGCAACAAGAAGCUUGGAUUGCUCUCGUUUUUUAACUAUAUUAAGGAGACGUUGCUGCCGGGUCGCAGCAAGAAAUCAUUUUAGGCAGACACCAAAGAUCUUGAGAAUCGAUUGGCAUAGUUCCUUGUAAAGGAACUCAAGAUCCUUUAGUUAUUUAUUUUGUAAU